AUGGAGCGAGUCCCUCAGCUCAGUCUAUGGGGAGAGGUGGCUGACUUCACCUUGGGGUGCGGCCACUGGACACUAAAGCCUCAGGUCUCCAUCCCCGCCCUGCAGGAGCUCACAGUCUGCUUCAACAUCAAGUUCAAGUUCCAGGCCUCCUCACCAUGGACUGCCUUCAUGUACAGUCAUCCUGAAGCUCAGUAUACGGAGCUGGGUUUAGGGGGAAAGUGGGAUCAUUUAGUGGUCUGGCUGUUUGGAACGGAGUGGACUUCGCCUAAGAUCACCCUUCACCAGUCACAGUGGUACUCGCUGUGCCUGACCUGGACACAUACUAACGACAGACCGUCCCUAUACCUCGAUGGCAACCUGGUGGACAUCCAGGCAGAUACAACUCCUUCAAUUUCAUCCUCGUGCUGCAAACUGGCCCCCAAUGGAACGCUUACUCUGGGUGCCACACACCGCCUGGUCAACGGGGAUAUUGAGAUUAUUCCAUUUCCCAAUCCGGUGGUCAAAUUAUCUCUGUUUCGGCUAUGGGGGCGGGAACGCAGCAAACGGGAAGUGACAUCACUGAAAUGUACAGAGGGGGACCUGGUGAAGUGGGAGAGAAACAACUGGGACACUCAGAUCUGUGCUCCGCUCCCCGAUUCCAACCUGAAGUGUGAAUGGUCCAUUUAUGAAGUGAGACUGAGGUUUGCCAUCUUCCGUUCCGAUGGGAACAACACUGAGCUCUACACGGCCAGAGAUAUCGCACAUAACUGGCUCAGAAAGGUUCUGCCGAGCAGCAUCUAUUUACACAGAGUGUCUGUGUUUGAAGUAACCAGAUCCAGUAAAGAAGACAGCCUUGUAAAAACAUCACAUGAAGACAGGCUGGUGCGGUGGUCUCCCUAUUAUAACAGGUUUGAUGCCCUGGUUCAUGUCAAUGUUAUCCCUAGCUUGGAUGUGGCAGCUGUGCAAAUUGAGAUGUACAAGGACCUUAAGGACGCAUACCCUGACCCCAGUGGUCACCUACACGUGCUGGCUGAUGCGGCCAGCAUACACAUCACACCUGUUGAAAGUUUCUCCAUGGUCACCAUCAGUCCUGAUUUGGUGACGGAUCCCUCUCCAAUCACAACUACCACAUUUAAAACCACAACAUCCAUUACUCCAACUAGCACCACUACAAGUGCCUCUACCAGUGCGGCCCCAGCCACCAAAUUCACAACAACCCCUGCAAAAGUUUCUGAGCUGUAUUUUGAGGUGAAGGUGAAUGUUACUAUAACAGGAGACUGUGACCCAGGACAGAUUCUUUCCACCUGGCUCAACUCCAGUCUACCUGAUGAAAUGAUGAUGGUGCUGGACCUCCAGCUGCUCCCUAGAGCUCAAAGACAUCACCCUAACCUGCAGUCAACCUCCUUUACAUCUGACAAAGUGUUCGUGCUCAGAGUUUCAAGAGAGAGCUGUAUUUUCCAGGUGCGGGUCAUGAAGUCGCUGUCAGACUCACAGGAAAUGGCAGAGCAGAUACGUUACCUACUGCAGACGCCCUAUAACAGCGGCUCAAUCUCCAUAGCAACCAAGGAAAUACAGAUAAGCCGCAUAUUGAUAUUACAGUGCAACACAGAAACCCACCAGACGAGGAAAGGCCUGUUUAAGUGGCCCGAUACUUUAGGAGGAAAAAAUGCAAUUCGGCCAUGCCCAAAAAACCCUCUCCGCUACGCCACACGACACUGUAAACUGUGCCUCAGUACCCACUGGUUGGAUCCAGACCUGGAAGACUGUCAUCUGGUGGUGGAAACCAUCCCUGAUCUGGAUCAUGUCGAAGUCACUGCUGACAAUGCACUGGACGUGGUGGAGAUGAUUGAGAGUUUACUGAGAAACCACUCCACACUCAGCUACCAGGAGCUGGUCACAGUCCUCAAAAAGCUAGGGGACAUCGUCUGCCUCAGUAGGGUCACACCAAACAUGGGCCAAGCUCUAAUCAACAUCAUCUCUGACAUAUUGGAAUCUGACAGCAACCUGCUGCCUUUCACUAACACUAUCCUAAAUAUCACGGAGGCAGUCGGAGACAUGAUGGUGUGCUACGAGGGCUCGUCCACCCUGGUUGCUCCUGCCAUUGCCAUCUCUGUGGUGGAUGUAGUUCCCGGACAGUUUAGCAGUUUGACUUUCGGAGUGUCAUCGGACCGCGCAGGCACAAAGCCUGAGAUUUUCAUCAACAAGUAUCCCUUCAACAGCACAGUGGCUUUCAUCGCCCUACCGUCUGCCCUGCAGGACAAAUUCCCACAGAACAGCUCCAACCAGAGGCCAGCAAGGGUUAAGUUUCUGUUCUACGGAAUCCCAAUGCUCUUCAAGAGCAGCCAAAAGGGGAUGGCCCUCAACACCUUCGUGGUGUCAGCCAGUGUGACCAAUGCCAGCUCUCCAAUCAAAGACCUUGAUGAAGAUGUCAAAGUCACGCUCCACCAUCUUAUACCCAACACACUUCACAAGGACGUGCAGUGUGUUUACUGGAACUUCAAUAAAAACAAUGGAAACGGAGGCUGGGAUGAUUAUGGCUGCAGAAAAUACAACAGCAGCUCUGACUACACAACGUGCCUGUGUGAUCAUCUCACACACUUCGGAGUUCUUCUGGAUGUCUCCAGGACUCCAUUGGACCCGGCUAAUGAGCAGAUCCUGACCAUUAUCACAUAUGUUGGUUGUGGAGUCUCAUCGGUGUUCUUGGGAAUCACUGUUCUCACUUACACAGCUUUCGAAAAGCUUCGUCGAGACUACCCGUCUAAGAUCCUCAUCAACCUCUCCCUGGCACUGCUAGGUUUGAACCUGGUGUUUCUGGUCAACUCCUGGCUGUCCUCCUGGGGUCUAUACGGCAUCUGCGUGGCUGUAGCAGCCACGCUCCACUACUUCCUCCUGGCAUCAUUCACCUGGAUGGGAUUAGAGGCCGUUAAUAUGUACUUUGCUCUCGUCAAAGUCUUCAACGUCUACGUACCCUCUUAUAUCCUCAAGUUCUGUGCUCUGGGAUGGGGGAUUCCUCUGGUAAUCUGCAUCCUGGUGCUCAUUGUGAACAGAGAGGCCUACGGCAGUCACCUCUACACAGAUGUUCAGCAUAGCUUAGUGCCAUUGGACAACUCCGACAACUUCUGUUGGCUCCAGGACGAAGUGACAUUUUACGUGUCUGUGGUUGCCUAUGCUGUUCUAGUCUUUCUCUUCAACAUAGCGGUUUUUGUAGUGGUGCUGAUCCAGAUUCGCCACAUGCGAGUCAACAGCCCGGCUGGGACCCGCAGUGGACUGAUGCAUGACCUGAAGGGAGUGGUCAGUCUCACCUUGUUACUAGGACUAACAUGGACUGUUGGCUUCUUUACCUGGGGACCAGCCAGAAUAGUUCUGCUGUACCUGUUCUCUGGACUCAACACCCUGCAAGGACUUUUCAUUUUCCUCUUCCACUGUCUGAUGAAGGAAAAUGUCAGGAAGCAGUGGAGGAUUCACCUCUGCGUUGGACGUUUUCGACUUGAAGAGUAUUCUGAGUGGAGCAACUCGGCAUCAGUUGGAGUCACGGCUAAACCCAAAUCAAAUCCUCCAAGAGCACCAGUACCAUCGGUCUGCUCGGUCAAGUCCAGCUCCACAGACAGCACAUCAGCUUCCUCCGACUCCAGCCAGAGAGACUCAUCCUGCAAGAGACCAAACUUGGGCCUUUUUGUGAAUUCCCUGGCUCUCCCUCGUGCUCAGAGAAGCCCCUCCGGUGCAGGAGCUCUGCGGUCCCAGAGUGGGAUGGACCCGACACCUGGCUGGAGGAAUCACUUGCUUGGCCAGCAGGAUCAAAGAUAAUACAAGCAUUUGCAUACAGACACACACAAAUCCUAAAAUCAUCUUGAAAACUGAAACAGAACAGCAGCCUUAACACGUAUUGUACUUCAAUUUAAGCCACAGAGAUAUGAAUUCCAUUGUUUUCCAGCUUCAUUAGCCAAUUGUAUCAUGCAAUUCUAUUGUUUUUUCUUUGUUUGCUAAAUAUUGUAAAAGACCCUGUAAUUAUAAAGACAUGAGUAGUUGCAUCAGUUCCAAGGAGGAGUUGGUUGCCAAGCAACUGCUGAGUGGAGCCAUGGUGACAACGAAUCAUGGCACCACAGUUUGUGAGGAAAUAAUACAAAUUUAACAUGAUA